CGCGGGAGGAGCAUGGCUGACUGUGGGCUAGGAGUGUCAUCUGAACGAGAAUGAAUGCGCUGUUUCGGGCUUCCAGCAGCUGACACUCCUUCAAAACUACCUAACAUCCGAGUUUAUGAAGUUUCUCCUGCGGGUCGUGUUUUAUUAGUGGCGCUGUGAGGAGACGACCAGUGACGUUUAUCUCCGCAGCAUCUUCCUGUGGCAGCUGACCAGAGCCAACAUGGCAGGAGUUGGAGCCAAGCGCGAGGGACCACAGUUCAUCAGUGAAGUGGCUGUGAGGGGGAACGCAGCCGUGCUGGACUACUGCCGCACAUCCGUCUCCGCCCUGUCCGGAGCAACAGCCGGCAUCCUCGGGCUGACGGGACUGUAUGGCUUCAUUUUUUACUUCCUCUCCUCGUUUCUCCUCUCGCUGCUGCUCAUCCUGAAGGCCGGCCGGCGGUGGAACAAAUGCUUUAAGUCGCGGCGGCUGCUCUUCACCGGAGGCCUUGUCGGCGGUCUUUUCACUUACGUCCUGUUCUGGACUUUCUUGUACGGGAUGGUGCAUGUGUACUAACAUGAUCUGCACUAAAUAACCCUGAAAUAUUUCUGUCUAAUGCUCCGUAAAUCAUUAAGAUUGUGUGUCCUGCUGUUUGUAGAUAGGCUGUUAGUUAAAGACCUUUGAUUUUUCCAUUGUAAACUGUUGAUAUAUUGAAGGAUGUGUUAAUAAUUACUGUACACAGAAUGAACUGUUCUUUUCUUCCUGCUCCACAUUUCACUCUGAACUCCUUUAACCUGUAACUCCCACUCUGUCAGCGGUAAUACGAUUACCAGGACGAGAGCCUCAGUUAUUACAAUGUAGAUUAACAGAUUGAAAUAAAUGCCUCUCUACAAGUUGUUUGCAUACA